AUGCACGCCCCAACCAUCGUUCAAGUCCUUGCCGGCGGGCUCUGCGCCACUACCGCCGUUGCCGGAUUCUCUGCACCUGGCACUGGAGCCCUCGGUCUGCGUCAUGCUGGUGCGUUGGCAAUGGCCGCUGGUCUUGCUGCCGUGCCGGCUUUGGCUGCCCCUGUGCCGGAGGAAGGAGAUGUCGAGGAAAGAGAUGUAGAGGACUCCCACGAACUUGAGGCGCGUGAUCCAUGUCCUGGCGAGCAAUGCCUCCAGUUCGGGCCCGGGGGCUUUCCACGACCACAGUCCCCAAAGCAGAAGAGCAAGAUCUCCGUCAAGCCCACUGGCCCCAAAAAAGUUGUGGCGCGUGAUCCAAUGAUGUUCAAUCCCGGCCUUUCGAGGCCCUUCCAACCGGGCCCACCUUUCGGAGGGAAUAGAGAGUUCAAGUCGUUCGGCAAGGGCAAGGGCCGGCUGGGCGGCUUGAAGGGCAAGAAGGGUAAGGGCAAGCUGGCCGGCCUGAGGGGCAAGAAGGGCACACCCUACCCGAAGCGCAAGGGAAGAGCCGGCCUGAGGGGCAAGGGCAAGUGGAGGAACAAGCCUCUCCAGAACAACAAGAACCGCCCUGGCUCGAAGGUCCGUCCUUUCCCUCAGAGUAUGAUCACCAACCCGAGCAUCAUUGGCCCACACCGCAUCAUCGCCUGA